UUCCUGUAAUUAUUCUCUAGGUCCCUCUGUGCGCUUCAAUGGCUGCAAAGAGCAAGAUUUUGAUCAUCGGAGGGACUGGUUACAUCGGCAAAUUCAUUGUAGAAGCAAGCGCGAAAUCCGGCCACCCGACCUUCGCUUUGGUCAGGGAGAGCACAGCUUCUGAUCCUGCAAAGGCCAAGCUCCUUGAGAGCUUCAAGAGCUCUGGUGUAACUUUGGUCCAUGGAGAUCUUUAUGAUCAUGAGAGUCUGGUGAAGGUGAUUAAGCAGGUAGAUGUGGUGAUCUCCACUGUGGGUCAGAUAGUAGAUCAGGUUAAGAUCAUUGCUGCCAUUAAAGAAGCUGGCAAUGUUAAGAGAUUCUUCCCUUCAGAGUUUGGAAACGAUGUCGACCGGGUCCAUGCAGUUGAGCCGGCAAAGUCUGUAUUUGCGGCAAAAGCUCAAAUCCGACGAACCAUUGAGGCUGAAGGGAUCCCCUACACUUAUGUCCCCUGCGACUGCUUCGCCGGAUAUUUUUUACCCAAUUUGGCCCAGCCUGGAGCCACAGCUCCUCCCAGAGACAAAGUUGUGAUAUUAGGAGAUGGAAACCCUAAAGUGGUUUUCAACAAGGAGGAAGACAUAGCAACCUACACAAUUAGAGCUGUGGAUGAUCCAAGGACUUUGAACAAGAUCCUCUAUAUAAAACCUCCGGCCAACACUCUCUCCUUCAAUGAGCUUGUAGCCCUUUGGGAGAAGAAGAUUGGGAAAACCCUUGAGAAGGUUUAUGUUCCAGAGGAGCAAGUCUUGAAAGACAUCCAAGAGUCACCGGUGCCGAUAAACGUCGUACUCGCGAUUAGUCAUUCGGUUUUUGUGAAGGGAGAUCAUACCAACUUUGAGAUUGAGCCUUCCUUUGGAGGGGAGGCUUCUGAGCUUUAUCCUGAUGUGAAGUACACCAGUGUUGAUGAGUACCUCAACCAGUUUGUUUAAGGUUAUGGGGUGCUACUGUUCUAUAUAUGUCCUGUUGCUAUGGUUUAAUAGCUUAAUAAGUGGUUGUCACAUUAGAGUUUGUGUGGAACAUAAAUAAAUAUGUGAGUUGUUCUUGAUAGGAAGUGUACAUGAGUUGUGAAAUUUGAAUAAUUAAUUCCCAUUUCU